CCGCGUUUGGACAGAUACUCGGCCAUCAUGUGAUCCAAACCUUGCCUGAGGUUCUGGUCUACUCGCACAGAAGCUAAUAAUAUUCUUUUGCGCGGGGAGGAAGCGCAAACGCUGCGUGGAAAAAGGUGAGAUUGUUAUGUAAUGGCUGCUUCAGUUUUGCAUUGGGUUACAGAGUGCAGAUAAGUAAGGGGGGAUGAUGAAAGGCUUAGUCAAGUUAUUGAGAGUGUGAAUGGUAUCGUUCAAAGCAUGAUGGGCCAGGGGGAUCCCUCGAUUCCACGCACAGGGCUUUGCCACACUGCCUGCACCGCACGUUAGUCUCGUGUCUCUCUCCUCUGAUGUUCCAGCAAAAGAAACAUUUUCCACGGUUGCCCUUGAUGGGAAAAUGUGGCCCUGUGAUGGGUGUGCUGCUCGCUGUCCUGGCUCUCUUUCGUGGUGGACAUCUGCUGUGGAUACUGGCCUCUUUCACCGAAGUUGGGACAGCAUACCGCUGACGUGAGUUGUAGGACCCAAUGAGUCCAUUGGCUAGCGCAAUUCGAAAGUGUUUGAUGUUCUGCUGACGCACGCUCACAUCUGUCAGGGGCUGGUAGUUUUUCCAGAGGAUAAAGGCAUUGACAACUGCACAAUCGAAGGCGAACCAGAAGAGGUAUCGAUAGAACUUUCUGGACUUGCACCUGACAUGGUAGUAGUUGCGGAGUUGGUCUGCAUGGUCAACUCCCCCCAUGUAUUUAUUGUAGGCAACUACAUUUCUUGGGCAGGACACUGUGGUCGCUGUUGGUGGACAUUGCGUACACCAACCUCCGGUCCCUCCAGACGGUUGCCACCAGAUUACCCCUCUGACGAGCAAUGCUUUCUCCUCUCUCCAGAUCUCCUGAAGGGAAUGCAAGAGGUCUUCAAACAACUUAACUGACGAGAAGUAGUUGUCGAAGUAGAUGUGAUAGUGACCUCCUGCGAGUGGCUGCACCAGUGUACACGGCGAAGUCGUGCAGGUACCUCUGAAUUUCCAGAAACCGUUUCCGAGAUAUCCUAGAGGCAAUGGCAAAGUUGUGGAGAACAUCUGAGGUAGACCAGUAAUCGUACAGGUCUGGCAGCUUCGUGAUUCCCAUCAGGA